AUCCACCCUCUUUUUCUGUGAGAAGCUCCCCCCACCACCACCACAGGUCCCGGGGCCCAACAACACGGUGUGGGUAAAGCCAGCAGAGGAGGAGGUUUGCAGUCGAGAGUCGACACUUGAAACCGAUUGCAGCUCGUUGCCGGGGCUCUCCUCAGUCUCCAACGGCUGCGCGUGUGUUGUUUUGUUGGGGUGUGUGUGUGUGUGGGUAAAAAAGAAGAAAAAAAAAGCAGACGUCCAUCCACGAACGACGAACGAACGACGACCAUUUCUGUUUGUUUUUGGCGCGCGCGCGCGCUCUACCCCUUUAUUUUGCCUCUGCCGGAACCAUGGAAAUGUCUCAUCAUCAAUUUUGCCUGAAAUGGAACAACCACUCUAGUAACCUGCUCAAAGUCUUUGGUCGACUCUUCUCCAACGAGAGUUUCACCGAUGUCACUCUGGCGGCAGAGGGCAGAAGCAUCCGCGCACACAAGAUGGUGCUGUCGGCUUGCAGCACCUACUUCGAACAGCUCUUCUUGGAGCACGCCGAGCCGCCAGUCACGGGGCCGAUGAUUGUCAUUAUGCGGGAGACCAGCUUCGAUGAUUUGGCCAUCAUCGUCGAAUUCAUGUACAAGGGCGAAAUCAACGUCUCCCAAGAUCAAUUGGGAUCGUUAUUGAGGACGGCGGAGAGUCUGCGGGUCAAAGGUUUGGCCCAGGCGUCGUCGGGUGGGAGCGGCGACUCGUCGUCGUCGGGCGUCGAGCACCCCGCAGCGCCACCGCCGCCGUCACAACAACAGCCCGUGUCGCUGACGGCGGCGGCGGCGUCCAACUCGUCGUCGAUGGCGACGCCGUGUCAGACUAAAACGACGCCCACCCCUGCGACGACGCCGCCGCAUAACAGCCAAUCUCACCAGCAGCAGCCCGGCACAUUCUCACCUCCUCCGUACCAUCACUCGAUGGGUCAAGCGCCGCCGCCGCCGGCCCUUUUGCCCCUUUUCCAGAACGCCGCCCUUUUGUCAGCUGCCAUCACAACGGGCAUCGAAUCCUCUUCGUCGUCCACCGGGCGUGAAUCGCCGACAAGCAAACGCCGGCGACUUCGACCGAAAAUCGAGCCGGGCACCAUGGCCAUCCAUCAAGACUAUUCCAAUCAUUCAGACAACAGUCGCCCUUCUUCGGCCACUUUCACGCCCCGCAUUGAAAAUGUCGUUACCAUGGGCCCGCCGCCGCGUAACGAGGCUUCUUCGGUCGACACGAUGACACGAUGUGAAACGACAGAGAACACGCCGACCUCAGCGCUCGACCUCCGCCUGACGGAUCCUUCCCACCUUCAGGAGCUGACAGCUCGGCUGGAAUUGCGAGGCAAUUUCGCCAUCCAGCCGCCCGGCGGAGACAGUGAAACGCUCCGCAAAGUCCAGCAAGAAAAAAGUGAACCUCACUGUUUCUUUCGGGGCUUCGCCGUAUACAAAUUCAACGACUAUAUUGCACACGGAACUCGGCAGCAGUACUGGGAAGAACCGUUCACCAAAGCCGUCAUGGAGGGCAUUCAAGAUCGUGAAUUGGACUUGAAAAAAGGUGCUGAAUUAUUGGGCGUGUCGUACAGCACGCUUUAUGGGCGGUACCGUGAGUGCCACGGUUACUUGCGUCACGCUUGGACGCGGGACUACCGCCGUUCAUCGGGUUCGGGAGCCGGCGGCAACGGCGGCGAGUGGUGGGAAUCCGAUCCCCAAGAAGCCCAUCGGCGAGGUGAAAACGGCGGGAUGACGGCCGAAGAGUUGGUCGUCGAAGUCGACAGUUACAUGGACGAGGACGUGAUUGUCGAACGAGUGUCGGGCGAGAAAUCUUCGACCGACAUCGAGGCCGCCAACAAACAAGAGUCUCUCAUACUCAGCAUCAGACACGGCAAAGUCCAGCGGAAACUGCAAGGAGCCCAUCACAAAGAAUCGUCGUAAAAAUAAAUAAAAAAAUCCAGCAGACACACAGAAG